AUGAGAAUCAACACACUCAUACUAUCUGCUGCUUUGGCCGCUGCUGCUCCUGCUUCGAUUGAUAACGCUGAACAAUUAUCUAAUUUCCUUAACUCAGUCCAAACUGCAAGUACAUCAGGUACCGCUUUGGGUGGUGCAGCUGGCUCAAUUGGUUUGCAAAAUACCAAUACUGCUACAGGAACAGCUACCGGAAAAGCAACUACAGGAGUUGCUACAGGAACAACUGCUACUACCCAGCCAACUUUGUUAGCUACUGGUGCUUCGACUGGUCAAUCUAAAACUUCUGGAGGAUCCAGUAAUAAUUUGCUUGGCGAUCUUUUUGGAUCAGGUUCAGGUUCAGCAACUACCGGUGUUACAAGCAAAGCACUUUCUGCUACAUCUACUGGCCAAUCGACGACAACCUCAGAAGGGUUUCUCGAUGGUUUAUUAGGUGACAUCUUUGGAGGAAACACAGGCACUACAGCAACUACAGCAACUAAAGCAACUACAACUGCAAAUACAGCUAGUGGUUCAACUUCAACUGGAAGUGGUUCGUUAGGUGACUUGAUUGAUGACUUCUUUGGCUCAAGCUCAGGAAACACAACUGCUACAUCACAAACGUCUACAUCAACCGGUGGCUCUCUACUCGGUGAUAUCUUUGACGACUUGUUUGGCUCCAGUUCUGGCUCCAGCACUACUAGUCCGGCUUCAUCAUCUUCAUCAUCAUCCAGCACUGGCUCACUUAUCGAUGACAUACUUGACGCUCUUUUUGGUUCUUCUAAUUCUACAUCUUCAUCGAGCUCUAGUUCAGGAGGAAGCGGAGAUUUCAUCACUGAUAUUAUAGGACUUGGAGAAGAUAUUUUUGCUGACUUGUUUGAUGGAAAUUCAACCCUGUUCUCUGGGGAGGGUAUUAUUGGCUCGUUAUUGGGUUUUGCUGGUGAGAUCUUUGAUGACUUAUUCGACAGCAAUUCUUCAGGUUCUUCGUCAAGUGGAUCAUCAGGAUCAUUCUUUAGUAGCUUGUUGAGCUCAUUAUUUGGUGGUUCUUCCAGUUCAUCGAGUGGCAGUGGAUCGUCCUUUAGCUUCUCAGAUCUUAUUUCCGACGUUUUCACAACAUUAUUCAGUUCAAUCUUUGGCGGUUCAAACGGUGCUAGCAAAGGACAAUGUAGUGCAACAAAGAGGUCAUUAAAGAGAAGCUUGUCGGAACAAAAGGAGAUCAAGAAACUCGUUAGAAAGAGUGUCAACAGAGUCAUUGCUAAAAGAAAAGCUGAAUUUGCGCAAAAGGCAAAGAGAGCAGAAACUUUGUCUGACUUGCCUUACGUUAACCUUAUUUAA